CGUUGCUGCGCGAGGCACAACGGACUUCCGCUUCACUGAUGACACUCAUGACUGGCAGGACCAACAACCAAUCCAACAAAAAACUCACCAUGCAUGAUGUGAGUGAGUGAGACAGGGAUGUGAGACAUGGAUGUGAGACAACGACGAGCGCGGACCACAGCAACCACAACCACCCAGCACACCCCACACCCCAUCAUGCAUGCGCCCGCCAGAGCCAAACCAAUCACCAAAUCAUCAACCAAUCCAAUCCAAUCCAAUCAACGGAUAUGGCGCACCCCCUGCCCGGCAACGCACGUGGCAAGGGCACCCACAGCAACAAAGUUGUGAUCCAUGCUGAUGGGCGGGCAGCCAUGAGAAGCAACGAACACACCAGCAAGCAAGCAGACAAGCGACAUGCUGGAGGCGUUGCAUUCAUCUGACCUUCCUCCUCGACAGGACCUUCUUCGUUGAAAGCACGCACAACCCACACCAAGACGAACCAAGACAAUGGUGGCGCCCUGCCUGCGGUGGCCGCUCCUGCUUUUGCUGGUGAGCGGCGUGCUGACGGCAACGAGCGGCUUCGUGCGUGCUGCACCUGUGCCGCGAAUCCCAGAGGGGCUGGAACGUGCGGCCAACAGCCACGAGCUUGCCCAGCAGUUUGCGGCGCUGUCCCCUGAGGCCAAGGCCCAAGUCGUCACACAGUUGGAAGGAUUCGUUGUUCGCGCCACUGAUCACCUUGAGCUCACGCCAGAGGGCAUGGUUCUAAACGUUGACGACACCAACGCAUGGGCAAACGUUGCGUCAGCCAGCGAAGAACAGCAGCAGCGGCAGCAGGAAGAGGAGCAGGCGGCGCGGCAGCGGCAGGGCGGGAAACGGUUGAGGCGGGACACUUCCAUUGUCGUUGAGCGGAAGGACCGCCCCGUCCCCACGCGCUGGCACAAUGGCAUCCCACUGUUUCACAGCAAGCCUGGGGCAACUAACAUCAUCUUCCUCGACUUUGACGGCGCGGAGCUGCGGGGCGACAAAGGCUGGCGCAACAAGUCCGCACGUGCGUUUGAUCCGCUCAACAACGGCUUCAAGUUCACCCGGCGCGAGCAGGCCAAGAUCAUCACCAUAUGGCAGCAGGUGGCGGAAGACUUUUCCCCCUUCAACGUGGAUGUCACCACAGAGGAGCCAGCAGCGUUCACGCCCACGGUCGCCACGUGCCUCAUCACCAGCAGGUUGCAGGCAGACCUGAAGACGUUCAUGCCAAAUCCUUUUGCUGCCGGCAUCGCCUUCAUCAACAUCUUUGGCAAACCCUUCAUGCAGGACUACUCACCAGCACUCGUCUAUUACGAGACGCUCAGUGGCGACCCAACCUUCAUCGCCGACGCUUGCAGCCAUGAGAUUGGCCACAACAUGGGGCUGGGACACGACCGGACUGUGGAUGAACCCUACACUUUUGGAGACGUUGGCAAAGGCGGCGACGUGUCAUGGGGUCCACUGAUGGGGGCGCCAUACCAGAGCAGUCUGGCGCAAUGGUCACGCGGCGACUAUGAUGGAGCCGUCAACGACCAAGACGACAUGGCAAUCAUCGGAGACAAGCUGGGUGUACGUGCGGACGAGGCUGGGUCAACAGCUGCCACGUGCGCGGGCCUGCCGCAGGUGACGCCCACCACAUACAGCGGCGAUGGUAUCAUCACGGGUAUGGACGAUGUGGACUGCUGGUGUGUACAGAGCUUCAUCCCAACGCUUCAGCUGCACGCCACCGUGACGCCAUGGUACAACAAGUUGUAUCCUUACACGAGCGGGUCCAACCUGGAUGCAAAGCUGUUCGUCAUCGGACCGUCCGGGGAUGUGGUUGCCAGCGCCAGCGAGCCGCUGCACACGUACGCAGCCGUCACGCUUCCAUCCAUCUCCCCUGGACGCUACGCAGUCUGCGUUGUUCCGGAUAAUGACACCAUUGGCACAAGCGGGUCCACAUACGGCAGCGCAGGCCGUUAUUUUGUUGAUGUCGUCAUUCGUGAGGAGACGACAACCACAACAACCACAACAACCACGACCACAACCACCACAACCACAACCACAACCACAACCACCACGACGACGACAACAACAACGACCACCGCUGGCCAGUUGACCACGCGUGAGAGCCAAGGCGUGCACCAAACACCGCUGCCCAUCACUUGCACAUGUCCACAGAACACGCACAUGUUCUCGGGUCCCACGGCGGUGGAGAUACCGUUCAAGCGCGGGUGCAGCAAGGACGUGCUUGUGCCCGUGUGCGUGCAGCGCGAGGAAAUGGCUUCGGUGGCGCUCUGGCUCACGUCGCCCACGCACACGCUCGUGCACCCUGCCCACCCCUUUGUUCCGACGAACACAUACGAUCAGCACUGCUUCCUCCUCCAAGUCCCCGCAGCUGAUGCUGAGAGGGGCGAGAACAUCAUUGUUCGCGCAAACACCAUUCCCAACGUCACAUAUCAGCUCUCCUACCCGAAGCGCAUCAAGGGCUGUCGCGACGACAGCUGAUUCACUUGCUUGCUUGUGUGUGUGUGUGUGUGUGUGUGUGUGUGUGUGUGUUUUGCCUUUUCCGUUUGCCUGCCAGUCUGCCGGCCUGUACCAUCCCCUUCACUUCUCCGCUCUUUGUUGUUUGCCAUUCC